AAACAGACCAAUUCUGUGUUGUUGUGCUCCUGUCCCACAGAACACCCAGAAGCAGAGACCAAACAUGGGAGAGUGCGAGGGUACCAGUUCCGAGUGGACGCAGCUGAGAGGACUGUAAAUGUCUUUUUGGGGCUUCCCUUUGCUAAGCCUCCGGUUGGAUCACUGAGGUUUGCUGAACCCCAGCCACCUGAGCCAUGGGAAGGUGUCAGAGACGCCACUUCCUACCCACCAAUGUGUCUACAGGACAAAGUACUAGGACAGCAGUCUUCAGACAUGAUUACCAACAGAAAAGAGAAAGUUCCUCUCCAAAUGUCUGAGGAUUGCCUGUACCUAAAUGUGUACACACCCGUUUCCACAGGAAAACAGGAGAAGCUGCCUGUUUUAGUUUGGAUCCAUGGAGGCGCAUUAGUUCUUGGAGCAGCUUCAUCAUAUGAUGGCUCAGCAUUAGCAGCCUUUGACAACGUGGUGGUUGUAGCAAUUCAGUACAGGCUAGGUAUUGCUGGGUAUUUCAGGUAAGAUGCUUGAUCUCUGUUUUUCCUAAGUGAUUUCCAAAAUGAAGUGUGCAAAGCCUUUGUAAAGACAAGUGCAAAAGACUUGCUUAUGCAGAGAAAUAUUUCUGAGCUGCAGCUGCAAGAGCUGGGGACAAUUUCCAGUCCCCAGGCAGUUUCCAGCUCUGUUCUUGUGCGGUUCCUGCUCCAAUCUCAGGGCUUUCCGAACCAUUUAUCUGUCAGUUGUGUAGAGAAGUUCUGUGUAGAGAAUG